AAAAGACAAGAGAGUAGCGACAGUAGUACAAGGGUACUCUCACGCAUCCGAACCAGAUUUUCAUGGUUGUCUUUAGUUACACCAACAACGAAAAAUAUCACAAUCGCCGCACGGUAAUCACUUGAUUAAGCGGCAACAAUUUUUACUAAAGACAGAGCUAAUGGUAUUGGAGGUUUCACAUGUGCCGCUCAGCAAUCGCUGACCCCAGUUUUUCCGCUCCGUUUUGGGCAACGUGUGCCCGCCGUUUUUGAAGUUAGUUAUCUGUUAGUGUUUGAGAAACUGAAAUAUCACAAGUAGUCAACUUCAAGAACCAUGGUGGUGACUGUGUCGUCUUCCCCCGCGACCUCGAGCUCCGGCGGCGCGCCAGCGUCCAAGCCGGCGGCUGCGGAGAACAAGGGAACAACGAGUACGGGGAAACCAAAACUAGUCCUCGCGAACUUUUCGGAAAAAUCCGCGUUCACGCGCGGCGAGAGGGAGAUCGUUUCCCGGCGGGCCGGCAUGCCGCGAAUUCUUUGCCCCAAGAUAGUGGCGCUGAGCAACCAGCGAUUUGAGGAGGUCAUGGCCGCCGCGAAGAAGCAGGCCCAGGAGCUGGUGAAAGAGAAGGGCCAGCCGGUCCCAUUGGCGUCUCCGCGCGGGGGGCCGAGCAUGCUGCAAGCCAGCGACAAGUUUCACAUUAUCCACACCCAGCCCAAGGGACGGGAGGAGACACUAGUGGCCACUCUGUGUGAGGAAGAGGACGAAUUCUUCAAUGAAGACGAGUUUCAGAUGGAUACCGACAUCGACGAUCCAGAGAGAUGGGACCAGGUAGCGGAAGAGAUGGACACGCUGGUGCAGGCUAUCACCGGCGGCGACAAAAAGGUAUUUAUUGUUGCGUAAGAAGAAGAACAUGAAGAUGUACGCGAAGUUGUACUACAGGUACCAAUUCAAAUGAGUAAGAACUGCCCUAACAUCAAAAUAGUUCCACUAACACAUCACUGAAUGUCCAAAUACUUUGCAAAAAAUACUCUCUCAACUACAGCCCGACACGCUCGGUAUCGGUCCUCUGCCGCUGGGCUGGGUCAUUCCGGACCGCCAGUACAAGCCAACGCGGCCGACCCUGAAACUGCUGCCCAACAGCAAGUUUGAGACCUUUUUCCGUUCCUGGGGACUCGUGGAGAAGGCCGAAAUGGUGUUCCAGCCGGACCGAACCAUCUACUUGCUGGUGAGGUUCAGUCGGUGGGAGGUGAUGGCACAGGUACCAAGCGAGUAGCUCUUUUUUUGUGACAUUGAUGGUAUCUUGCUUUCUGUACGGGAGCUCCUAGUGGUACAAGUGUAGCCAACUGCAGCUACCUAUCUUUAGUAGCGAACUUUCGAAUCGCAAUUGGAAUCGACCACGACUAUUUUUACGCACGACCACCUUAUCUUUCAGGCCGCACUGUCACUGUGGGGUGGGCGAUAUUUUGGGUUUGUGCCACCCUCGAGCGACGCAAAGCACGAGGAGAUCCGCCCCAUCAAUUUGGCGUUUUGCGAUUACGAGCAGCGGAAAAAGGAGCUUUUGGCGGAGCAAACGAGUUUUGAGGAGAUCACGCGCGGCCUGAACCCCGUGCAGGCCAAAGCCUUUCGCGAGCUCUCCGACGAAAUCGCAAGACUAGAGGUGGAGAAUCGGCGCCUGGAAACAGAGGUCCGGCAGCACGAGGAGCGGAAGCGACAGCGCGAAAAGGAAAAGCAGGCUGAGCUGGACGGCGAACUUGUCGAUUUGAACAAGCCCGACAGCUAUCAAAUGUAAAAAUGUCUGGGUCUGGAAGAUUGCGAGGUUUGUCAUGCAGAUUUUCCAUGACCCAUGAGGUCUGGAAUGCAGGACCUAGCAUGACAGAGUCUGCGAGGUCUCUGCCAUGCCUAUCCCCCAUGAGAAACUGCCGCCCAACUUGGUCGAAAGUGGACGGCUUUUGGCACUCAUGCAACACAGAUUUUUGCAAUAUUCGGAUUUAGCAUGACAAGUUUUAAUCUUCCAGACCCAGACAUUUUUACAGUUGAUAACAGCCGCGCAGGAGCAACAGCACCAGUUGUUGGCGGGGAAGCUGCACAAGCCUCAAAGGCUGUUGCUACAACUGUCCCCACCUCCGCCGCGUCCUCCUCGAACAAUGGGGCCGCGGCCCCUCUUCAACCUCUCGCUGACGCCACCGUUCCGAAAGCCUCUGCGCCCGCGGUCGCGGCUAGUAGUACCGCAGGGCUUGUUCUUGGUCUAGAGACCGGCACGAGCAGUGGGCAGCCAUCACAACCUCCAGCGGCAGCUGCCGAGGACACGACCGAUGCUCACAAAGUAGGUGGUCCGGCUGUAGAAGAAGCAGCAGCUGCGAUGGACAGCGCUGCGGCUCCGGCUGCGAAGCGACAGAAGACGAGCGAGGUGCGGGGUGGCGGAGCCGGUGCUGCCCCUCCUGCGCCAACAGGCGUUGCCGACCUCGGAGCACUAGACGACGAACUGUAACUGUACAUCGAUAUUUUCAUAGAGCCGUCACGUCGAAUGUGAUUGUUGUUGUUCACGAUCAUACAUAAGAAGCGCGAAAGACGUUGGUAGACAAGUGCUUACUGAAGCUAAAAAUGCUCCUGUGGCAAAGGCAGU